AUGCGUCCCACACGCACACAACCGAAUGAGCUAGGAGCUGGCCAGGACCUGGACCCUGGAAUAAAACCCAAGAAGUUCUUCUCUUUUAAACUUUCUUCAAAUCUGAUCAUGGAGCUAAUUGUGUGUGUCUGUGAUUAUUGGAGCCAUCGCCACUUCUACAAUCGACCCGUGCCGGAUCGCAUUCAAAUGCUCUGCGGCGGCGAGGGCAGCGCCACGGUCAAGUCUGAGUCUGUGCGUCGCUUGGUGCUGGAGCUGGAUGCAGUGCGUGGCAACUAUGUGCUGCGUGAGCUGCUGCAGCAGCGUGUGCUGAAGCAGUGGCUGUUGCGAGAACUGGGCGUUCGGCUGGUCUGGCUGACAUUUCAGACGCCACAGCGCUGGUCCAUCGACUACAAGUGGGCGAGCAUGCUGGCACACACCAUUGGGACGCACAUGGAGCUGGAGCACCUGAUGUGCUGGCUGUCCACGCUGGGCGGUGGCUACUCGGCGCUGGGCGACCAGUUCGCCAGGUGUGCAGAGACAGCGGGUGAGAUCUCGCUGCAGCAGCUGGCGAUUGGUCUGCGCCUGGGCGAUCCCUUCCUGCAGGCGCGUUGCAAGCUCUACUACAGCAUCUCCUUGAUACAGCGCGGACAGCUGCGCAGCGCCAAGUUCCUCAUCCGUGCUCAGUACCAAUUCGCCUGUGGAUUGCACAAGAAGCGCGACAAGCGCCUGAUGCGCAUGUGCCUGGGCGUCUGGCAGCGCCUCUGCUACGAGUACGAGCAGAGACAGAAGCAACGUCUAUCAAUUGAAAAUGGAAAACGAUUCCAUUGAGAUCAUUUGUUAUUCGAUAGUGUAAUGGAAUGUGAU